AUGAUCUCCUCGGGGUGGAUGCAAGAAAUGGAGCCCAUACCAGAGGAGGGAACCGAGGCGGAUGGCUCCGAGUGGGGAGCUAUGUCGGAUACCGCUAAAAGGACGAUGCGAAAGAAGGAGGUGUACACUUCGGAACAGAUUAAUACGCUAGUUAGCACAGUACCCAAAGAAGCAGUACCUCAGGAGUGGCUCGUCGAGAAUCAAGUCGUGGAUCCAGAAAUGGCCACGUCAUACUUAACCGAAUCGCUAGCUGGGCCUACAAGUGCCCGAGGAUCGUCAUAUUCUUACUCAUAUGAAUCACAUUACGAUAAUCCGCCAGAAGAGGAGUACGAACAUUUUACGAAUGAUGACGGGGUACAUCAAAUGCAGAAGGUGACCCGUGUUACAAAAGUGACGACAACCCGUUCUGUCCGUCAAGUUCCCGUCCAAUCUCCAUAUUCAAAUAUCGAUUUCGACUCGUCUGGCCUUCCAACUCCAUCACCGGUCAUCGAUCGAGAUCCGAGCCUAGAAAUGAUGGCUAGAAUGGGCGGAGCUUCGGACCAUGAUUCUGAAGAUCGAUCGGCUCCGCCACCGGCUCCGGCGAGCCGGUUUUUACAUGAAGACAGCGGAAUCCCUUCAGCUCCAGGAGUCCCCGAUGUAGUCGACGCAGGAAUCGGCGAGGUUACUGUAGUAUGGAGUGCUCCAUUACAAAGCAAUGGAGGAGAAGUUCGGGGUUAUCAAAUUGAGAUGAGAGAGUUUCCAGAUGGAGAAUGGGAAAGCAUGGGAGUUGAUCAUUUGCUUAAGGACACCACGUGCAGAGUGACCAACCUGACAUCACACGAAGUUCAAUUCCGCGUUUCUGCCUACGGACGUACAGGCUUCGGACCCGCCUCGAAUCCCUCACUUCCCGUCAAAAUUCCGAUCAGCGAGACCGACCUGGCAACGUCUGCCGGCGCCCCACUGGCUCCCGGCAGACCCACUGUCAUCGCCGUGGAUGGUCAGGGUGUCCUUCUGGAAUGGACACCUCCGGUUGCGGAUGUUCAUUCAUCACCACCACAAGGAUAUCAAGUCGAAUAUCGAGUGUAUGGAAGUCGAGAUUGGAUUGUGGCAAAUGAGCAACUUGUACAGGAGAACGUGUUCACUGUCGAGUCACUACGACCCAAUGGAGUUUACGAGUUUCGAGUUCGCGGGAAGAAUCAGGACGGGCUUGGGCAUCCGAGUAUGUCGUCGGGAGGUGUUGCGAUUCGGCCAGCUGCGCCGCAGAGGCAUGUGCCUGCGAGAAAGGUAUCAGAAAGUGUACAACCACCCGGUCAACCACAAAUGGUAGAGGUUGGCGAUGACGUGGUGAAGCUCGAGUGGGCUCCGUCGGUUCAAAAUGCGCGGUACAUUGUGGAGUAUCGAGAGGUUGGAGAUCCAGAAUGGCACACGGCUAAUUAUGAUCCAAUUGUACAGAAUGGAAUACAAGUGGAAGGCCUUCACCGCAAUUCAACAUACGAAUUCUGUGUGAUAUCAAUCGUUGAUAACAUUGCCUCUCAACCAUCAGAAACAUCUGACAUCAUUCAUCUCCGCCCGACUUGCAACACGUCCGCUCUUCGCCCCGCCCCCAAUAUUCUAGAAGCUCCAGAAUUUCUGGAAGUCGACGGGGAUAAGAUUACAAUUUGUUGGCUACCCGCACAAAGUCAGCUGCCAGUUAUGGGAUAUGACGUGGAAUUCCGAGAUCUUCAACAAGACGAUCGGUGGUAUAAGGUGAAUGAUCAGCCGGUAUUUGCGUGUAAGAUGACAGUUGGCGACCUGAUUAUGGAUCAUGACUAUCAGUUCCGUGUAUUGGCACAUAAUGCGUCAGGAUGCUCACAACCGUCGCCGCCGAGCGAUUUUGUGCACAUUGAGCCGAGUACAAACCGUUUCUCCUCCGACACUAUGGAAUCUCCUCAUCUGGGACACCAUGACGUGGUAAAGUACGUGGAAGCCGAGAGAUUUGGAGCCGUUCCGUUGCUCCAAGAGGAGAUGGUCAGAGAAUCACCGCCGCUUCCCGAGAGAGAUGACUCACCGCCUCCGUUGAGAAGAGCAAAUAAUAAUGUGCAAUGGCGAGACCCAUCUCUGAAAGAAGUGAUCGAAUACCUCUCCUCAGCUGACAAGGACAAACAGCUAAAUGCUUCUGGCUAUCUUCAACAUCUCACUUACACUGAUAAUCAGAUUAAAGAAGAGACACGAGAAUACGGUGGAAUACCGAAACUCAUCGCCCUCCUCCGUUCAGACACUCCACGGAUCCAGAAGAAUGCGUGUGCUUGCCUGAAAAAUUUGAGCUUCGGCAAAGAAAACGACGCGAACAAGUUGGCAGUGAUGGAGGCUGAUGGAGUACGUCUGAUUGCUGAAGUACUCCGAACUACACAUGAUGCAAGUGUCAAGGAAGAAGCUGCGGCGGCACUUUGGAAUUUAAGCUCGGCGGAUAUGUUGAAGCCUGUGAUCCUUGAGUCGGCCACGGAGAUCCUCAGUCAACAGGUUAUUGCUCCGGUCCUUGCUGUUGGAACUUCAGAUCCUACCCGUCACUUUGGCUCGACACUGUUCAAAAACUCUACUGGAGUCCUUCGUAAUGUUUCUGCAGCGUCUCAACAAGCUAGACGUCGACUUCGGGAUAUUCCGAACCUUAUCGAGGCCUUGGUUCAUUUCCUCACUCACGCUAUUCAGAAGAGUCAGGUGGAUUCUCCGACAGUCGAGAAUGCGGUGUGCUUGCUCCGUAACCUGAGCUACCGUAUCCAAGAAGUCGUCGAUCCGAACUAUGAUCCUGCGGCGGCUCACUCCAGCUCGUCGAAGAACAUGAAACACGUGGCAUCACCGAAGCCUGAGAAGAAAAAGAAGGAUAAGGAGAAGAAAAAGGACAAGAACCCGAAGAACAUCGUGACGGGACCCUCUGUUCUCUGGCAGCCACACGUUGUCAAACUGUACCUGAAGCUUCUCCAAGAUAGUUCUAAUAUUGAGACACUUGAAGCAUCGGCUGGAGCUAUUCAAAACCUGGCAGCGUGCCAAUUCCCGCCAUCGGCAGAAGUUCGAGCGGCGGUGAGAGUGGAGAAGGGGUUGCCGGUGCUUGUCGAGCUCAUCCGGUUACCCGAGGACUUUGUCGUGUGCGCCGUGGCCACUGCGUUGAGGAAUUUGGCGAUUGAUCCAAGGAAUCGGGAACUUAUUGUUUCAGGAAAAUACGCACUCCGUGACUUCCUCGACAAGCUCCCCGAGCCGGGAUCUCCACGUCGUUCUGCAAUCUCUGAUCAGACAAUUGGUGCGGUACUCGGUAUCCUAUUCGAGAUUGUUAGAAGCUCAGCGGCCUAUACAAAGGAUGUUCAUGAGCUGAAGGGUACGGACAAAUUACGAGCACUGUCUCGUUCCUAUCCAACAUACUCUCACCGAGUUUGUAAGUACGCUAGUCAAGUACUGUAUGUGAUGUGGCAGCACAAGGAGCUUCACGAUGGAUUCAAGAGAAGCGGGCUCAAGGAAGCAGACUUCUACUCGGGAACUGCGAGACGAGGCGAUUCCUCUACACUGGCCCGUCCAAUCUCAUCCCAAGGUCGUGAGCGUCCAUCAAUGCACCAACUCGACGAAACUCUCUCCUCUGGCGGUGGGUACGGUACCAUGGAGAGCAACAAUCGUGCCGGGACCCUCCGACCGGCAAGUGCCACGUCACAAACCAUCCAACGCCGUUAUGACCAAGUGCCACGUGACGGACCCGUCUAUUCCUCCGUUCAAAAACCAUCGCCACGUGGCGGUGGCGGAGGAGGGAAUAUCGACGAUAGUUGGGUCUAGAAAUUUAUCGAUUAAUUUUAAAUUUAUUGAUUUUUUGUGUCAAGCCAAGUUCACUUUUUAUAUGUGCUGCUCAACAAAUUUUGCAUUUUUUCCCUUAUUCCCCCCCACACACACUUUCCUGUCAAAUUCACAGCCCCUCCCAUUUUGAAACCGGUAUCUAGAGAAAAAGAAUGUUCCGCACAAAAUUAUUGAUUUUUAUAUGAAUUUUUUAUAUUUUUUUGAAUUUCCUCCCAGCGAUUUGCCACUGAAGCCAAUAAACAAUUGAGCCAAUAAACUAGAUUUUUUGUGAA